AUGUCAAGCGCAGCGGGUAGUUCGGUGCUUAACCAGCGUCCCUCCGGCAUUAACGACAUCCUCGCACUCUACUAUUUGUCUCUUUCUUUGCAAGAAAGCCCUUCAACGGCAAACAAUGUCGGCAUCCUUCUUGCCAGUGUGCAACAAGCCCCCAGCACGACCUCGCAAUUCAUGGUAUCGAACAGACUGCAGGCGUCGGGCAUACCCGGUAUCUUGCCGGGGAGUGGCCUCGCCCUUGCCCUGUCUUACUACAAUUAUGGUCUGUCGUUAGAUCCAAAACAUGUUCAUCUCCACACCAAUCUUGGAAGUCUGCUUAAGGAUAUUGGCCAGUUGGAUCUGGCCAUCCAGAUGUACGAACAAGCUGUCUCGUGCGAUGGUACAUUUGACAUCGCCCUGACAAACUUGGCCAAUGCCGUUAAGGAUCGAGGCCGCACUAGCGAUGCCAUCGCAUACUACAAGCGGGCAGUACUUUCUAAUCCCGACUUCGCAGAAGCUAGGUGA